AUGGCCUGCAUUCACGGAAUGAUACACAGGAUCGAGGCCUCUGCCCAAGAUUCCUGCGUCGGUUUUGUUCUUGUCGCAUAUUUGCGAAGCCAUUCGUUCGGAGUUUUGCCGGUUUGGUCGCUAACCUUGGUGCUCGUUGCUGAAGAAUUCGAAACGGUCGUUACACAUUCCUCUGUGAAUAUGCUCCAUUCCGAAACUCCUUCCAGAAGAGCCAUCAAGGCCUGGGACAAGCUUUUACCGCUUGGCAAACUCUCCACCCCUCGGUCGCUUCCGCUCAGCAUAGGGCUGGGUGAAAAAAUCGCUGCGAGGCAGAUGGCCCCUUGA